AUGAAUACACAAUUUAUCACUGUUGGUGACAUCCGAUUAUCUAUCUUACCUAUUAAAGAUAGAGCGAUGUUAUAUCAAGAUCAAUUCGUUGGAGGUGUAAAAGUGCCACACUUUAAGACCUCUACUCGGGAGACAAGCUUGUCGGUAGUUGCCAUUGAACUAGCCAAUAAGGCUGAUAAACCUACAGAAAUAAUUGAAGAUUUCUUAUACAUAUCGGAUGCAGUAACUGCUGCAAAUAGUAGGUUGUUAGCCGAGAAUAAAAUUUCACAUAUCGUCAAUAUCUCCCCUUGUAUAAAUUUUUUUGGGCCAUCGCGGAUAACUUAUUGCAUUUCACAAAAGUACCCCGAUUGGAAACCUAAAUACCUAAGGCUGUACGUUUCAGACGAUCCAAAAGGAAAAAUAUCGAAGUUUUUUGAAGUUUCAAAUGCUUUUAUACAUGAAGCAAAUCAAGAAGGUGGACGUGUCCUAAUUCACUGUUGGGCGGGUGUAUCCCGCUCAGCUACCUUGGUUUUGGCUUAUCUAUUGAAGCAAGGGCUCACUUAUCUUGACGCUUUUAAUCAUUUAAAAAAAAGAAGAUCGAUAAUAGAACCCAACUCAGGGUUCUGUCUUCAAUUAACUAAAUAUGAAAUAGAAUUGUUAAAAGCUCAAGGGAUUCCAAUCAAUGGCAAUACCGGAAACAAAAGAAAGUAUACCGAGUAUGAAGUUGUUAUAAACGCUGAUGAUAACGAUGAUAACAGCAGGAUCAUUAAAAGAAGAAAACUAAAGAGAGUUUAA